GAGAAGCUUCUUGAAAGCAGUUCUGAAAGAGAGGGGGAGGUCAUUCCACCACAUCAAAGCCAGGACAGGAAACGUUUGCGCUCCCGAUUUUAGACGUUUUGCGCAAGUGACCAGAGGCAGCGGAACGUAGCAAUCGAUCAAGUCUAUAGGCAUCGGGGAGCAGAUCUCUUGAUGGUUUUGUAGGCUGUAACCAGUUUUGAACUAGAUGUGAGCAUCUACAAGACGCCAGCGGAGAGAGGCACGUGACAACGCUUUGGUAGUUGCACCACAUUAAUACUGUAUUUUGAUUUCCCCAACUUCAGACAGCUUGUCAGGUAUGGUGGGGUUAUUGAGUUCAAGGUAAAUGUUUGGGGGGGAGGGGCGCAUUAGGCUUGUUAGGACACGCCUCCUUGUACGCUUGUGCCCAGCUGUGUGCAGCUGUGCCCUGCAACGUACACAGGAGGCAAAAUACUGCAGACGCGAUCUGCGCAGGUAACUUCCACGCUCUUCUAGAGGUGACUGUGGUGUGGAAGUGCGGGAGCGAGAAGCGAGCGCCGGCAGAUGCUGGGGGACAGAAGGGCUGCAGGUGCGCUGUUCUCCUGUCGCGUUGCCUGCGGCGCGGCACUAGGGGGCGGUGCAGUGCACCCUUCGCCCCGCGCCCGCGAGACGCCGGGCUGUGCGGACUGUGCCUGUCAGCGUUCAAACUCCGACAGCCGCGCGCUGCAGCCCAAGUGCGAAGCGGGCGGACGCGGUGUGUCCGUGGACCGCCCGUCCCGUCCCGUUCCGUUCCGUUCCGCCCCACAGCGUGCUGGCCGGCGUGCGCGUGCGACACACACACCGCAGCAUCUUCAGCCGCUGCCGCGCGGGUCACGUCCCCUCUCUUUCCCGUCCCGCAGCUGAGCCUGUCCGCAGGAACUAGAAGACCGCUGGAAAUGGAAGAGAAGCUGCCCGAAGCGGAGGCUCCGCAGCGCCGCGACGCCGGCCGGGUGCUGCUCUACGGGGAAUUCGCGGCCGCGGCCGGCGCCAAGGUGCGCUUCGCCGUGAGCCUCACGGACACGGAGCUCGCCGUGCAGAGGGUCACGGCCGCGUCCGCCAGUCGCACCAGGGUGGUCCACUACUUGAUGGACUGCGUGGGCUGCCGGGCGUUCCGGGCGGAGGAGGACGCGGACCCGGGCGCCUAUUUCUCCGCUUAUUUCUACCCGUUCCGACGGCGGUGGAUGAGCUCGACGGGCGGCCGCCAGCGGCUGGAGCUGCGCUUCAGGGUGGCGGCGGCGACGGCGGCGCGGGACCCCCAGGGCAACCUGCGCGAGGCCGAGCGCUGGGCUCUGGCCAUCAGAGAGGGGUCCGCGCGCCACAGACCGCACAGAGAAGGUGUGGUGUACGGCGAGGUGCGUCGGCCGUGUCGCCUCAUGCUGCUGGUGAACCCGCACAGCGGCAGGGGUCAGGCGCUCUGCCUCUUCACGAGCCACAUCCAGCACAUGCUCACGGAGGCCGGGGUUACGCACACGCUCAUAGUCACCGAGCGCCAGAACCACGCCCGCGAGCUCGUGAGAGAGGCUGACCUGUCACAGUGGGAUGCCCUGGUCAUCAUAUCAGGAGAUGGGCUGCUCUUCGAGGUGGUGAAUGGGCUGAUGGAGAGGGAUGACUGGGAGGAGGCCAUCCAGACUCCAUUGGGGAUCCUGCCUGGGGGCUCAGGGAACGCCCUGGCAGCUUCUAUCCACCACUAUACCGGGUCUCCCCCAGGGUCCAGCGAAGACCUUCUGGUGAGCUGCGGGUUCCUGCUGUGUAAGGGCCUGGUGUCGCGGCUCGACCUCGUCUCCGUGAGCCUGGCCUCUGGCCUGCGUCUCUUCUCCUUCCUGUCGCUGGCCUGGGGCUUCGUGGCGGACGUUGACAUCGAGAGCGAGAAGUACCGCUAUGUGGGCGCGGCGCGUUUCACGGUCGGCACGCUGGUGCGCCUCGCCUCCCUGCGGGUGUACCGGGGCAGGCUGGCGUACCUCCCGGCCGAGGAGCCUCCUCCCCGGUGCGGGGCCUCCCCGCAGGGCCACGCUCCUGGCUUCUGCUCCUCCCUCUUCUGCCAGAAGAAGGCGUCGGCCGACCAGGGAGCUGCUCACACCUUCCGCAACUCCUGCAACUCCAACAACGCCACGAAAGCCAGCCGGAGCGAGGCCCCGCCUGCCGCAUCCGGGGGCCCCGCGGACUCCCUCUUGGUGCCCCUGGAACAGCCGGUGCCCAGCCACUGGACCGUGGUCAAGGAGGAGGACUUUGUGCUCGUGCUAGCCAUGUACCAGUCCCACCUGGCAGAGGACCUCUUGGCUGCCCCGGGGGCCUCGCUGGAGGACGGAGUCAUGCAUCUUUUCUACGUCAAAGCGGGAAUCUCCCGAGCUGCUCUGCUGCGCCUCUUCCUGGCCAUGGAGAAGGGCGUGCACCUCGCCGCCGGCUGCCCUGACCUGGUCUACGUGAAGGUGCUGGCGCUACGCCUGGAGCCCCUCACUCCCAAAGGGGUGAUCACGGUGGACGGGGAGGUGGUGGAGUACGGGCCGGUGCAGGCGCAGGUCCACAGCGGACUGGCCCGCCUCAUAGCAGGCUGAAGGCCGGCCUGCUCCGCGGUGCCUGCUCUCACACCCGGUUUCCACACGUCCGCCCUUCUAGUGCCCCCUCGAACCGUGCGAUGCCUGUGAAAAUGCCGAAGUGGAGACGCUACAGCCGGCUUCCCCGCAGGAUCUCGCAUCUCUCGUGCUGCCAUUCGUAAUGCCCGUCCCCCACGCUGCCCGAACAAGUGGGACGCGCACUAGACGCUCAUUCCGUUUCACGUUGCGUUAAGAGCACCUCCGCAGUGCUAUCGUAUUAAGGCAAGUGUACCGCUGCCGUUUUGUGCUGCUCUGGCUUGCGGUGGUGUAGCGCGCAUGUGCGAGCGUAACUUAAUGUGACGGACGAAAAGCAACUCCAAGGGCUACGAGCAGCUGCUCCUGCGCUGGCUCUCCACUAGCGCCCACUAGGCAGAGGAUGUGUAGUGACAGCAGCGCCGAACGGGGGCUCUGCUGUCUCGCUUCAUAAAUGUCCCCCCGCUGCAGAGGAUUCGGUAGCAGGCAGGGAGAGUGAGAGCUGUUGCCCCCGCUGGCACGGUACGGUCUCCGCUACACCCCUCCCCCCGCUCGCUUAACACGUACGGUCUUUUCCUGGUUUUUGUUAAACUCUUCGAGGUCACGUGUGCGUCUUUACCUCAUUGUCGAUAAGACCUCUGCUUUGACGGCCCCCCAGGGGAAGGCUGCGCGAGCCAGGGCCGCCGCACGAGAGCCACCGCCUGAUGCAGUGUUGCGGCUCUCCAGCUGGGGUCCAGCCGUCAGCGAUGCUGACUCCAGGCCCCUCCCCCACCCACUGCGGCGCUCCUCCGAGGAGCCUCGGUCCCUGUCCCCGGGCUGCCCGCAGGCGCGCCUGCCCCGCUCCCCCUGUCCCGCCACCCCGGGAGGCUCUCCGAGCCGUCGGCACCCACGCGUCCUUGUCCGAAAGCCGGGAAAGCGUGAGAAACUUGACAGGUGGCGGUGAUGAGCAGCGUAACCUUCAGCACGGAAUGGCUUUCUUUCCGGCCGCUUCUCUUCCGCCCGUUCGAAGCUGCUGGCUGGUUGGGUGCGUUCCACGCAGCUACAGCCUGCCAGCGGCUGCCUCGGGUUUUUCCGAUCGCCGCGGGGCUGGGCGACGGCACAUCCAUAGCGAUGCGAUUCAUGGGUCAGUGGGCGGGACUCCGUGGUGCACCGUGUUUCUGGCACAGCUGCCUGCCCUGCAGGUACCGUGAUAAUUAUCAUAAUUGAGCGCUGUUGUCACCGAGGGGUGACGCGCGUACGCUGAUGUCUGCCUGACUCUUUUAAGGAGAUGCAGGUCAUGUCCCUUGGUGUCCCAGCAGGCAGGGCGGGGAGCGGAGCGUUUGAACACUCCGGUUUUUUUUUCCCCCAAGUCGCCGCGCAACCGAAACGAUGCGGUUUCUCAAGGCCGAUUUGUUUAUCACGCGAUGCUUUCUGGGAGAAGUGCUCGCUGUAGAACCCAACGUUCGUACUGUAAAUGGACAAAGUGGAGCACCUUGUGACGACACACUGUAAUGUACGGUUUAGGCUGCUCUCCUCCCACUCGCGGACCGAGCUGCCUCGAGAAGCGCCGAGCGCACUUCCGUAACCUCCCCUCCUCGGUCACGGCUCAAGGCGGAAGGGCCGCGAAUACGAGACGCUCGGGGAAUUAUGAUGUAAUCUCCGCCGCGGCUUCACGGGCGAAUACCGCAAAGGAUGCAAAUGAAUGAAGCUCGGGCGAUGCCGCGCCCCGAACGGCAAGCGUCGCGUUUACAGAAAGCGCCGUGCAGCCCAUCGAAAGCACAUGUCCUGCGCUGAGCGAUAGUUAUGCAAUAUCGGCGGCGGCCUCCUGCAGGUUCUGCAGCAGCUGGCGCUGCGUCCUCACAGAUCUGUCCACAGCGAAGAGCAAAGUGAUGGGUUUAUUUUAGGGUCAUGGUUGUGUGUGGUUUUUUUUUUUUUUUGUUUGUUUUUUUUUCCUGAAGACACAGGAAAACCACUGUUAUAAAAAGAAUGUUGACAGGCACUUUGAGAGUUCAUGGGGCUUUGCUUUUUUUUUUUUUUUAAUAUAAAAAACCUACCGUCUGCAUUACGCUGGUUGUCAGAUUCAGUUCUUGGGGUAGGCGGUUUUCAUACAGACACAAGCCAAGGUGCGAUUACUGCAGCUGUGUCAACCUACUGUUUACACACAUGUGCUCUUAAUACACUAAGUAGCUACCGUGUUCAGUUAAAUAUGUAGGAAGGAAUGUAAAGUGAAUAUGUAAAGAGAACCUUGUACGUGUGGCUCGCCGGGAACUGAGCGACACCCUUGUGCUUUUCAGCGUUUACCUCGAGCUUGACGUGUGGGGUUUUUUUUUUUUUUUUUUACACAGCAAAAAUUGGUAUGUAGCGCAGGUACCAUCGGUCCCUGUGUAUGAAGUGCUCAGGUUUCCCAGGCCAGCGAAUGAGGUACUUGGGUGCGGCUCCUGCACGUGAUCCCCGUGAGCACGGUCACAGGCCAUCCUCCACCUGGACUGCACUGGAUCGCUGUGGGAGAAGAACCAGCUGCUGCCGAGCGCUGCUCUCCAGGAGGAUGUUUCACCCUUCCGGAGUUUAACGCAGUGUAGAGAAAACACAGUACUGUUAUUUUUACCGCUCCUAUACUGAAUGACAUUUAAUAGACAAAUAGAGGUAUAUUUUUACAACCUUG